ACCCCGCCGCCCGGCCGGCGAUUCAGACCGGGGAGGGAGCCCGUCGAAGAAGGUUCGGCCAAUAACACCGCAUAGGUCCGACCACUGACACUGCGCCGACAUGGUCAUCAAGGAGACGGCGCCCAGUCUGGCGAGGCAACUCCUGCCAGACCGCAGCCUGGAGCUCAGCUGCAUCAGGAGUGAGGAGCAGGAUGCUAACUCCUGCUGCUCCGAAGACUCUGGAUCUUCCAACUCAGGGAGUGAUGAGAAAAUUGUCCGUGGCAAUUGGACCGGCAAACUUGACUUCUUCCUCAGCUGCGUGGGAUACGCCGUGGGACUUGGAAACAUUUGGAGAUUUCCGUACCUGUGCUAUCGGUCCGGAGGAGGUGCCUUCCUGAUCCCCUACUUCACGUUUCUCCUGUUGUGCGGCAUGCCGCUGUUCAUGAUGGAGCUGGCUUUCGGCCAGUUCGCCAACCAGGGUCCCAUCAGCGUCUGGCGCAUCAGCCCCAUCUUCAAAGGCUUGGGCUACGGCAUGGUGCUCAUUUCGGGCAUCGUCUGCAUCUACUACAACGUGAUCAUCACCUGGACGCUGUACUACAUGUACCUGACGUUCCGCUCCGUCCUGCCGUGGUCCACCUGCGGCAACUGGUGGAACACGGACAACUGCGUGACGCGCCACAUCAACAACACCGGCAACGGCACGUUUAACGCCUCGCUGCACCCGGAGCGCACCACGGCUAGCGAGGAAUUCUGGAGGGGGUACGUCCUUCAGAUAUCAGACGGUAUCGAUGACAUCGGACAAGUGCGGACUGAGUUAAUCAUCACUCUGUUCGUCGCCUGGAUUAUCAUCUUCUGCUGCCUCUUCAAGGGCGUCGAGUCGUCUGGCAAGGUGGUGUACUUCUCAGCCACGUUCCCCUACCUGGUGCUGCUCAUCCUCAUGGUGCGGGGCGUUACUCUGCCGGGCGCCAUGAACGGCAUCAAGUUCUACCUCUCGCCCAAGUGGGAGCUGCUGAAAACGUUCAAGGUCUGGGGAGACGCCGCCACCCAGAUCUUCUACUCUGUGGGACCUGCCUGGGGCGGCAUCUUGACCAUGGCCUCGUACAACCGGUUCCGCCACAACUGCUACCGGGACGCGCUGAUCGUGCCGCUCAUCAACUGCGGCACGUCUGUGUUCGCCGGCCUGGUCGUGUUCGCCAUCAUCGGAUUCAUGGCACAGGAGACUGGCCGAGACAUCGAGGACGUCGUAUCCCAGGGUCCGGGGCUGGCGUUCAUCGUGUACCCGGAGGCGGUGGCGCGCCUGCCGAUCUCGCCGCUCUGGGCGUUCCUGUUCUUCUCGAUGCUGUUCACAAUCGGGAUCGACUCCCAGUUCGGCAUGUUCGAAUGCCUGAUAUCAGCCUUUGUAGACGAGUUCCCGGUGCUGAGGCCCAAGAAGAUCCUCUUCACGGCCGGCAUGUGCUUCGUGCUCUUCCUGCUCGGCAUCCCCUGCGUGACAAACGGUGGCGUGUACGUGCUGCAGCUGAUGGACUGGUACUCGGCCGCGUUUUCCCUCAUGAUCGUAUCGCUGCUGGAGUGUAUCGUCAUCGCCUGGGUGUAUGGCGAGGAGCGGUUCUCGCUCGACAUUGAGAUGAUGGUCGGCCGCAAGCCGAACAUCUGGUUCAGGCUCUGCUGGAAGUACAUCUCGCCGGCCGUCAUCUGCUUCAUCCUGCUGUUCACCUUCAUAAACCACGAGCCCGUGACCUACAACGACACCGGGUACCCCGACUGGGCCAUCGUCAUCGGCUGGCUCAUGGCCCUCGUCUCCAUCGCCGCCAUACCCGCCGUCGGCUUGAUGGUGCUGCUCGGGAAGAAGGGCACCUUUGUGGAGCGGCUGAUGCAGUGCGUGCGACCCGACCCGAUGUGGGGGCCCAUCAAGCAGGAAAACCGGCUGCUCUACCGCAAGUCGCUGGAGGGCGUGCGCGCCCGGUUCCCGCAGACGCACGUGGCCGGCGUGGACAGGGUACCCAGCGGCGACAGCCUGAGUGCGGCCAAUGAGAUCGCCUGCCUCAACACGACCGUGUAGCCUCGCCAGCGGGGAGGCAACCGCCGCGUCGGCCGCGAUGGGGAGGG